AUGUUUUUGCUGACCAUUGCGGCUCUCGGAGUGGUCGCAUUCUUGGGUUAUCAUGCCUAUGACACGUUUGUAGGAAGAAAAAGAACCAAUAUUAAAGAUCUUCUUCAAAACCGUAAAUAUGAAAUCCGUAGCGUGGAAGCUCCCAAGCUCACAGGAGCUCUUUUUUGGUUUUUCGUUACCCUGAUGGAGUAUUCUCCAUUGGGUGAUUUGGUCGUUCCAUUUAUUAUGAAAUCCUCCAAUUUCUCUCUCUUAGAUGAAUUGAGUGUUUAUAAUGCUCCAAAAUUAUAUCCCAUUCCCGAAAGGAAUGAACAAGAACAAUUGAAGGAUUGGAAACAUGCUCAAGAUCAUGACGGAAUGUCCAUUCAAGAAAUUCAAAAGAAGGAAAUUGAACGUAUUCUCAAUGAGUAUUAUGAUCAAUGUUCCGAUGAACAAUCUUCCUCUCCUUCUGUUUGGAAGAGUUUGACUCGAUUUCAUAGACUUUACAAGGAGAAGAAAACCACUCCGUUAAAAGUGGCUCAAAAUAUUUUGGAUGCAAUCAAGAAGGGAGAUUCUCUGAAUCCACCCUUGUGUGCUGUCAUUAAAUAUGAUGCUGAUUUGUUGUUGAAGCAAGCAAAGGAAUCGACAGAGAGAUAUGAAGCAGGAAAGGAAAUUUCUGUGUUUGAUGGAGUUCCUGUCACAAUCAAGGAUGAAUUGGAUCUUGCUGGAUUUACUUCAAGUAAGGGUAUGAAAGUGACUGAAUAUUCUGAUCAUGUCAUCACAUUGGAGGAGGAAAAUAAUAUUUGUAAAUCAUUGCGUGCUUUGGGUGCUAUUUUUGUUGGCAAGGCAAACCAAAAUGAGAUUGGAAUUUGUCCUCGUGGUAUGAAUUUAAACUUUGGAAGUGCAAGAAAUCCAUUCAACAUGAAAUGUGACACUGGAGGCAGCAGCUCUGGAGGAGGAGCAUGCGUUGCCUCUGGUCUAGUUCCAUUAUCGAUUGGAACAGAUGGAGGCGGUUCAGUUCGAGUUCCUGCCUCUUUUUGUGGCCUCUACGGUUUGAAACCUACUCAUUUCAGAGUCUCAAAUCAUCAACACAGUGCUCCAGUUGCUUUUUCAACAUGUGUUGCUGGCCCUUUGACUUCAUCUGCAAUUGAUUUAACUUUAUCAUUUGCUGCUAUUGCAGGUAGAAGAGAAAAUGAUGCAUUUUCAUGGUCACAACCUCGAGACUUGAGAUUGAGUGAAAUUCGAUUGGCCGAUAAGAACUUUUAUUCCCUCGAGGGACAAAAAAUUGGUAUUGACAAUGCAUAUUUUAAUGACGUCAAAGAUCAAAGAAUUGUGAAAUUGUGUAGAGAUUUUAUUGAAAAUGUGUUUUGCAAAGUGUAUGGAGCCAAAGUCGAUGACUCUAUUUUCACACCACUUCUCGAACCCAGCAGAGUUUCACAUUUGGUUUGCAUUGCCUCUGAAAUGAGAAAUGGAAUGAAGGACUAUGGAUACUUUGAGUAUAGCAAGAGAUCGUUGCUAUGUCCUGAAACUAGAAUGAGUUUACUUUCUCAAAAGUACAUUUCAUCCUCACAAUUAAUAACAGCUCAAAGAAUCCGUUCUCAUCAAAUGGAAGAAUUCGAAAAGAUUUUCCAAAAUGUGAAUGUUUAUGCAACUCCAACAAUUGCAGGAGUGACACCAGAAUUUGUUAACGAGCAAGUCAUGAAGGGAGGAUAUGGCGUGAGUGACUAUGAUGUCUUGUCACAAAUUAUGAAAUUUAUUUUUAUUUCCAACUUUUGUGGAUUCCCUUCAAUCACAAUUCCUAUUGGCUUUAUUGAUGGAAAACCAGUUGGAUUGCAAUUAAUGUCCAAACAUUGGGAUGAAGUCACUCUAUUGAAGUAUGCCCUUUUGGCUGAGAAAUAUACUGAAAAGAAGAAUCCAGAGAUGUUGUUUGAGAUUUUGUAA